UUUGGGAAGAAACAGAUCCUAUCACCGUAGCACUUGAUUCUUUUGCAAUAAUAAUUAGUCUCUCCUAGAUUUACCCGACAUCACUGUCAGCCUGUGAUGCCUCCGCUCGCUCUCCGUCCCUUGACUCACUCACUUGCCAGCAAUAGAAGAAGAUAUUAACAAGGACUGCACACCAGCGUUGCUUGAUGGAUCCUGAAACAUUCGCGCCCGGAAAUCCCCCGGGCCCAAACGAGACAACAUCUCAGCCAGCGGGUGGCCAGCUGAUUAUCCCAUCUCAAUACGAUGCUGUUUCCGAGCAGACUUCUGCCGGGCUCGUCAACCAGCUCCUGGUCAGGCCGCACCUGUUGGACGUGGCCGUGGCCGUGAGGAGGUUCUCGUCGCCCUCCAUCCAGUCCGGCCAGCAACGGCUGACCGAGAACAUGGAGGCGGCGAGGACGGCGUAUGCCAAGGCCGUCGUGGCGAUCCAGAAAUCCGUCAAGGACAUGGACGCCGUCACCAUCCUGACCCGCACCUCCGAGCAUGACGUGGCACAGACGGCGAUCGAGCUCUUCAACUCGCCCUCUGGCGAGGAUAAUAAAGGCCGGGUCUCCCAGUUCAUCGACAUCCUGCACCACUAUUCGGGCGUCUUUGACGUGCUCUCCCAGGCGGGCGACUUUGCCUACCUGGCAGUGGUGUGGGGUGGAAUCAAGAUGUUGUUGCUCAUGGCCAAGAACAAGAAAGAACUCCUUACCAGGGUGACGGACAUGCUCGUCGAGAUCGGCCUCUCGCUCUCGCGCAUCGAGGUCUACGCCAAGCUCUUCCCGACGGCGCGCAUGGUCGAGCUCGUGUCCAUGAUCUACGCCGCCGUGGCCGAGUUCCUCGAGGACGUGAUCCUCCACUUCGCCCGCAAGUCGGCCCUGCGCCUGCGCGUGCUCCUCUCCGCCUUCGUCCGCCCCUUCGACGAGAAGUUCGGCCGCGCCGUCGACCGCAUCCGCCGCCUCGAGACCUGCAUCGAGAAGGACGCGCUGCUGCUGCACGCCCUCCGGACCACCAGCAUGGCGCAGCACCACCUCGGCGCCUACCUUCAGCGGGCGCACCUGACGACCGCCCUGGACGCGCACGCGCAGCCGCACCCGCUGGAGGAGCCCGCGCCGUCGUCGUCGUCGUCGUCGUCGUCCGUCCCCGCUCCCGCUCCUCCCGUGCCGGCGCUGCUGGAGGAGGUCAAGCGGGCGCUCUUCCGCGGGCUGCGCGACCAGGCGACGUACCACGAGUCGCUGGCGGCGACGUACCGCGUGACGGCGAGCGCGUGGGAGGAGUGGUUCGCGGUCGAGCAGCGGCACCUCCCCUCCUCCUCCUCAACCUCCUCGACGACGACGACGACGACGACGACGGGGGGCGCCGCCCGGCUGAGCCAGGGCCUGUGCGACGCGCCGGACCACCAACACGCGCUGCAGUGGCUCGCCCAGCAGCGCCGCCUGACGCCGGAGCUGCCGAGCUGCUACCUCGUGUGGGCGCCCGGCAUGACGGCGCAGGCGGCGGUCGCGUCGCUCGUCCUGCAGGUGCUGCUGCAGCGGCCCGGGGCCGUGGUCGAGCUCGGGCUGGACCGGCCGGGCGUGUUCGACCGCGCGCGCGACUCCAUCGCCGCCCUCUGGGGGCUCUUCACCUACCUGAUGCGCGCCAUGGGCGGCGGGCUGGUGUACAUGUCGAUCGGGUCGGCCGGGGAGGAGGAGUUCGCCAUCGUCGACCGGUUCGUCCGCACCGUGCGCGCGUGGGACGGCCCGCCCAUCUGGGUCACCAUCAUCCACCCGCACAACGGGGGAUUCGUGGGCAUCGACCGGGCCACCGACCUGGACGGGCUGUACGACGUGCACCCGUCGCUGACCACCACGGACGCGCUGCACCACGUGCUGAUGCUCGAGCUCGACAUCCACCACGUCUCGGACACGAUCCAGACGGUGCUGUGGGAGGCCGCCUGGCGGGAGACGAGGUAUGCCUCGGUGGGGAUCAGCUUCUCGCGCGUCGUGGCCGUCAUGGAGGACCUGGCGAGGGAGCUGGCGACGAGGAAGACGGACGUCGACAACGACGGAGGAGGAGGAGCGGAUCCGGUGCUGACGGAUGCUGCGCGCGAGCAGUGGAUGGAGGGCGUGAGGAGGUGGCUGAGCCACCCGGGCGCAUCCAACUGCACGCGGGAGCUGGUCCAGAGGCACCUGGACGUCGUGCCCCUGGCGUUCCCCGACGACGUCCGUGCCGAGGUCGGGCGCCAUCUGAAGCGUCUCGUGCUGCGGAUCGACGACGACGAGAGCAAGACCAAGUCGUUCGCGUCCCGGUCCAUGACCGAAGCACAGCGGCACCGCGUCUGGGAUCACAUGAGGGCCGCCAUCGUCCCGGGCUCCGAGGCCAUGUUCUGCGCGCACAUCCGGGACCUGAUGUCGGAGGCGCUGCAAGUCUUUGCCGAGAUGCCGUGCCACACGCCGAAGCAGGCGACCUACGUCGUGGCGCGAUUGCUUAACGGCCGAUUCGGGGCCGACGGGGUCUGGAAGAGUACCAUGCCGACAGACGCGCAGCUGAUGGUCCACGGUAUUAAGGAGGCCGUCAAGACGGGAUUUGCGCGUACCAUCGAGGCCUUGUCGGAACCGGAGGGUGCGCACGAAGUCGCUGGGUGACUUGAAGGUUUUCCAUUCAACAUGCUCUUCUCGCCCCAUACGGUGCUAAUUAAUGACAAUAAUACUUCGUAGACCUGGCCGGCUUGCUGCUGGUUUACUCCGUAGAUCUU